AUGGGAAGUGUGCUGUCUUUCGAGGAAAAUAUGACGAAGAGUAUCCUACUGUCCAAUCAAGCCAAGAACAAACAGCCACAAUUGUUAGUUUUCUUUGGUACAUUUGUGGAUACACCUGAAUUGGGAGAGCUGAGGAUUAGAGAAAGAACCUCUAUUGGUGUUCUCGAUGGAAUUAUCAAAUUUAUCAACGUAAAUUCUCUCGAUCCUCUUAAGGAUUGUUUGGAUUACGAUGCUGGCUUAUCACCAGAGGAUGUUACAGUUAUCAAUAUAGUGGGAGAAGACAAAACCGGUCUCAGCAGCUUUUAUUUCCCAGGAUUUAUAGAUACACACAAUCAUGUUUCGCAAUAUCCAAAUGUUGGGAUUUUUGGAAAUUCCACUCUUUUGGAUUGGCUGGAGAAAUAUACAUUUCCUAUAGAAGCCGCACUAGCAAACGAAGAUAUUGCAAGAGAAGUUUAUGACGCAGUGAUAUGCAAAACGCUUUCCAAUGGUAGCACUACCGUGGCUUAUUAUAACACCAUCGACUUCAAAUCUACAAAGCUCUUGGCGCAGAUUAGCUCAGUAUUGGGGCAGCGUGUUUUUGUUGGGAAGGUGUGCAUGGACGCCAAUGGACCGGCAUAUUAUAUUGAAGACACCAAAACUUCCCUCGAGAGCACGGUAAAAGUUGUCAAGUACAUACGGGAAACUCUUUGCGAUUCUCUGGUAAAUCCCAUAGUGACACCAAGGUUUGCGCCCUCUUGUUCAAGAGAAUUGAUGCAAAAAUUAUCCAAACUGGUGAAGGAAGAGGAUAUACAUGUGCAGACACACUUGUCGGAAAAUAAAAAAGAGGUACAGUGGGUUCAGGAAUUGUUUCCCGAAUGUGCAAACUAUACAGAUGUGUACGACAAGUACGGACUGCUCACAGAAAAAACCAUAUUGGCACAUUGUAUUCAUUUAACAGACGCAGAAGCGCAAGUGGUGAAACAGCGGCGCUGUGGCGUCUCUCAUUGUCCCAUCUCCAACUCCUCUUUAACCUCGGGAGAGUGUAGAGUUCGAUGGUUACUGGACCAAGGCAUAAAAGUUGGACUGGGUACUGACGUUUCAGCUGGUCAUUCUUGUAGCAUCCUAGCUUCUGGUAGACAAGCUUUUACAGUUUCAAGGCAUUUAGCAAUGAAGGAGACCGAUCAUGCCAAAUUGUCAGUUCCUGAAUGCCUAUAUCUCGCGACGAUGGGGGGAGCGCAGGUCUUGCACAAGGAGGAUUCCCUGGGGACGUUCGAAGUAGGUAAACAAUUCGACGUUCAAGCUAUCGAUACCAAUGUUCCAGGCUCAAACGUCCAUUUGUUUCGUUGGCAGCUACCAAGGCAAGAGAAAGAGAAAGAACAAGAGAAUGGCCUUUAUAAGAACCCUCCGCUGCUUACUAAAGAAGACAUAAUUGCAAAAUGGUUCUUCAACGGCGAUGAUCGUAACACCACCAAAGUCUGGGUAGCCGGUCGUCUAGUCCACCAGAUUUGA